AUGGAUUCGGAUUUUGUUCAAAAACUACAAAACAUUAAGUUGACAGAAGAUGAAGGAGUGGUUAUUAGGGUUGGAAUAGUGCAUAGGGACAUGAUGUUGGAAGAAUGCUCUCUCAGUUUGUUGGGGAAAUUUCUCACAAACAUGUCUUUUAACCAACGUGCCGCUAAGGCUUUACUGCAAUUUGUGUGGAAGAUGGGUUCUGAUGUUCGUAUUGUUGAUGUUGGAGAUGGUGUUUGGGGACUUCCUUUUGAUCUAUUGUCUGUGGAGGUUGGAAGAGAUAUUGGUAAUGGACUGGGUAAGAUUGUGGAGGUUGAUUUGAAAGUCUUUUCAUCAGAUCAAGCCCGUUUUCUACGUGUAAGGGUUGAACUGCCAUUGGAGAAACCGCUACGUAGAGGUGGUGUUGUUGCAAGUCCUGAAGGAGAUAAGGUCUAUAUUGGCUUUAAUUAUGAAAGAUUAGUGGGACUUUGUUUCAAGUAUGGUCGGAUUGGUCAUGAAGCCAGAGAUUGUUCUUUUCACAUCGACCAUCAACAAGAACUUCCUUAUGGUGAAUGGUUGAAGGCAGGUUUUCGUAAAACCAAUACUUCUGCAAACACUGUGGCAGUUUUGAGAGAAGGGAGGUUGAUGCGCAAGUGGGCCCGAGUCGAGGAAGAUUAA